AUGUCACCUGAACAAGGAUCCUGUGAUGCAACGCUCAAACCAGACGAGCUCAGCUCUAGUAGCGGACGAAAAAUAGUGAUCGCAGGACCUGUCCUCGAUCCCGUGGCCUCGCUCUCUCCCAUCCCUUUCCGCCGCCCUCACUCUCUCCCCUGCCUUUCCGUCGCCCUCGUUCUCUCCCCUCCCUUUCCGCCGCCCUCACUCUCUCCCCUGCCUUUCCGUCGCCCUCGUUCUCUCCCCUCCCUUUCCGCCACCCUCGCUCUCUCUCAUCCCUUUCCGUCGCCCUCGCUCUCUCUCAUCCCUUUCUGUCGCCCUCGCUCUCUCCCCUCCCUUUCCGUCGCCCUCGCUCUCUCCCCUCCCUUUCCGUCGCCCUCGUUCUCUCCCCUCCCUUUCCGUCGCCCUCGCUCUCUCCCCUCCCUUUCCGCCGCCCUCGCUCUCUCCCCUCCCUUUCCGUCGCCCUUGCUCUCUCCCCUCCCUUUCCGUCGCCCUCGCUCUCUCCCCUCCCUUUCCGCCGCCCUCGCUCUCUCUCAUCCCUUUCCGUCGCCCUCGUUCUCUCCCCUCCCUUUCCGCCGCCCUCGCUCUCUCCCCUCCCUUUCCGUCGCCCUCGUUCUCUCCCCUCCCUUUCCGCCGCCCUCGCUCUCUCCCCUCCCUUUCCGUCGCCCUCGUUCUCUCCCCUCCCUUUCCGUUGACCCUUGCUCUCUCCCCUCCCUUUCCGUCGCCCUCGCUUACUCCCCUCCCUUUCCGCCGCCCUCGCUCUCUCUCAUCCCUUUCCGUCGCCCUCGCUCUCUCCCCUCCUUUCCGUCGCCCUCAUUCUCUCCCCUCCCUUUCGUACUUGCUAUCUCCCCUAGCAUUCCGCGGAUUUUUCUCACGCAUCUCUCCUCUCGCGUCCUCGUUUCUAUUGCUCUAUUUGUCUAUUCUCUGUGA